UUACUUCGAGGUCAGUCAGUCCAGCAGCUGCAGCCGUCCUGAAUCCUCCGCUUCAUCAUGGCUUGGUCACGGGGGUCUGCUGGAGCCUAUCCCAGCUACCCUCAGGCGAGAGGCUUCGAUUACCCCCUGGACAGGUCACCAGACCAUCACAGGGACCCAUAUACCGGGUCACGGGGGUCUGCUGGAGCCUAUCCCAGCUACCCUCAGGCGAGAGGCUUCGAUUACACCCUGGACAGGUCACCAGACCAUCACAGGGACCCAUAUACCGGGUCACGGGGGUCUGCUGGAGCCUAUCCCAGCUACCCUCAGGCGAGAGGCUUCGAUUACCCCCUGGACAGGUCACCAGACCAUCACAGGGACCCAUAUACCGGGUCACGGGGGUCUGCUGGAGCCUAUCCCAGCUACCCUCAGGCGAGAGGCUUCGAUUACCCCCUGGACAGGUCACCAGACCAUCACAGGGACCCAUAUACCGGGUCACGGGGGUCUGCUGGAGCCUAUCCCAGCUACCCUCAGGCGAGAGGCUUCGAUUACCCCCUGGACAGGUCACCAGACCAUCACAGGGACCCAUAUACCGGGUCACGGGGGUCUGCUGGAGCCUAUCCCAGCUACCCUCAGGCGAGAGGCUUCGAUUACCCCCUGGACAGGUCACCAGACCAUCACAGGGACCCAUAUACCGGGUCACGGGGGUCUGCUGGAGCCUAUCCCAGCUACCCUCAGGCGAGAGGCUUCGAUUACCCCCUGGACAGGUCACCAGACCAUCACAGGGACCCAUAUACCGAUCUUCCAGUUCGCAGCAGCCCAGCCGCUCCAAUCACGGACAAGAAUCAAAGGGAGGUCCAAGCUGGAGACCUGAUCCGGAUCUCCCGUGAUGGUUCUCACCACUGGGCUGUUUAUGUUGGUGAUGGAGACGUCGUUCACCUCCAAAAAGCCGGGACGUGGGCCAGUAAGGGCAAAGUGUUGAAAGAGAAACUGCUGCUGAAGUGGAACAAGUGGAAAGUCAAAAAUCCCCUGGAUGAUAAAUACACACCUCGUCCAGUUUAUGUUAUCGUGGAGCACGCCUGUUCCAUGGUGGAUACAGAACUAAAGUACAGCAAGGUGACAUACAACUCUGAACACUUCGCCCAUGACAUGCGCUACGGCUGGUCUGGGAAACGGCAGGUGAACGCCGCAGGAGCAAGAGGAAACGGAGUACUAAAAUUAGUAGGAAUAGGAUUAGUAAAAGUAGCAGGAGCAGUACUAGCAGGAGGAGGACCAGAAGCAGCAGAAGCAGCAGUAGUAGUAGGAGGACCAGUAGCAGCAGCAGUAGGAGCAGUAUUAGUCACGAAGGCAGCAAUUAAGCACAGUAGGAAAUCUAAAAAUAAGAAAGAGUUACUUGCACAUCAAAAGAUGAUAAACUAUCGCUGAAUCCACAUGACCUAACUUCAGAAAUGAAGGUGCCAGUUCAGACAAGUUAAUCAAUAAUGUUUUUCUCUUCAACUGAGGAGCAUGAUGUUUAUGUCAAAGAAAUCAAAUAUUUCAUAUGAUGUAAACACAAAUAUGAUUGAGGCUGAUCAUAUGAAUCAAUAAUAACAUUCAUACAUUUAAAAAGGAAUCGUUUGUUUUUUUGUUUUGUUUCAUGAAAGUACUUCAACUUAGUGUUUACAGACCUUUAGAUGUUCAUUGAUGCUGGAUUUCUUUAUCAUGACAUUAAAUAUGUUUCCAUGUAUUUCAGUCCUGAUUAACUCUGAUUCCUGAAUCUGAAGAUUCAAGAUCAUUGGUCUCCAUUGAUCCUGUAGUUUGUUGUG